AUGCCUAAAGUUUCAGUAAAGGUAAAAUGGGGUAAGGAGAUGUUCCCAGGAGUGGAAGUGAACACAGAGGAUGACCCAGUGGUAUUUAAGGCUCAAAUCUUUGCACUGACUGGUGUUCAACCAGAUAGGCAAAAAGUGGUCUGUAAAGGUGUCACAUUAAGAGACGAUUCAUGGGGAAACUUUAAAUUGACUGAUAAUGCAUUGGUGCUUGUGAUGGGUAGCAAAGAAGAAGAUGUGCCUGCAGCUCCCAUCGAGCAGACUCGUUUUGUAGAAGAUAUGAAUGAAUCGGAGCUUGCAACUGCUCUGGAUCUCCCCGAGGGCCUCAUCAAUUUGGGUAACACAUGUUACAUGAAUGCCACUGUUCAGUGCCUCAAGACCGUUCCAGAAUUGAAAAAUGCUCUGCUCAACUAUGAUAAAUCAUCGGGCGGAGGCACGGCCGGGGAGCUGACGGCGGCGCUGAGCGAGACGAUGCGCGCGCUGGAGGGCGGCGGCGCGGGCGCGUGCGCGGGCGCGGCGGCGCGGCUGCUGCGCGCGCUGCACGCGGCGGCGCCACGCUUCGCCGAGCGCGGCGCCGCCGGCGGCCUGGCGCAGCAGGACGCCUCCGAGUGCUGGGCCGAGAUCGUGCGCGCGCUGCAGACCAGGCUGCCCGUCGCGCCCACGCUGCCCUCUACCGACAGGACAUCAGUAAUAGAGCAAUACUUCGGUGGUACAUUAGAUGUGGAGCUGGUUUGCUCGGAAGCGGAUGAGCCGCCCACCAAGAGUACGGAAUCCUUCUUGCAAUUGUCCUGCUUCAUAUCACAAGACGUCAAAUAUUUGCAAUCUGGUCUUAGAUCUAAAAUGUCUGAACAAAUCACGAAAUUGUCACCAACUUUAGGAAGAGAUGCAACUUACACAAAAACUUGCAAAAUAAGCCGUCUGCCUGCAUACUUAACGGUACAAUUCGUGCGAUUCUAUUUCAAGGAAAAAGAAUCCAUUAACGCCAAGAUCCUGAAAGAUGUAAAAUUCCCUCUUGACCUUGAUGUGUUUGAAUUGUGCUCACCAGAACUGCAAGAGAGAUUGGCACCGAUGAGAGCAAAGUUCAAGGAACUGGAUGAUUCUAAAGUAGAGUCAUCUUUGAUUGGAAGAAAUAAAAGCCAUGGCGAUACUAGGAAAGAUAUUCAAAGAAAAACGGUGCUUCCAUAUUGGUUUGAGAAUGACGUGGGCAGCAACAACAGCGGCUACUACCGGCUGCAGGCCGUGCUGACGCACCGCGGCCGCUCGUCGUCGUCCGGUCAUUACGUGGCCUGGGUGGCGCGCGGCGACUCCUGGCUGCGCUGCGACGACGACACCGUCACGCCCGUCACCGAGGACGAAGUGCUCAAGCUCAGCGGCGGAGGUGACUGGCACUGCGCCUACCUCCUGCUGUAUGGACCUAGGAUUCUAGAGUUGCCCGAGGAAGAGGAACCAAUGGUGACCGAAGUGACCGAGGAACCGGCCGGCGACCCGCCCACCGCGCUCGCAUAA